AUGGCGUCGUGCCUGCCGCGCUACAACGUGGCCAAGGACCUCAAGUUCGACGUGGUGGCUGGCAUCACGGUGGCCAUGAUGCUCAUCCCGCAGGAGGUGUCGCUGUCGACGAUCAUGAACGUGCCGGCCCACCACGGACUCUACACGGCCGCCACGGCGCCGCUGGUGUACGCCAUCUUCGGCUCCAGCACGGUACUGUCGGUCUCUAGCGGUUCCGAGGUGUCGCUGCUGGUCGGCACCAUCCUGGAGGACAUUGACGACGAGGACGAGCGCGUGGCCACGGGCAUCAUGAUGGCCUUCCUCAGUGGCUGCAUCCUGCUGCUCGUGCGCGUUUUGAAUCUGAGCCAGCUCGCCGACUUCUUCUCGCGGCCGGUCAUGGGCGGCUUCGUGUCGGCCGGAGGGAUCCUCAUCAUGCUGUCGCAGUUCUCCAACGCCUUGGGCAUCAAGUUCCCGUCGCAGGACUACCCGCCGCAGACGGUGUACCAGAUCUUCAAGCACAUCGGCAAAACCAACUUGACGGCGUUCGCGGUGGCCGCCAUCUCGAUCGCGUACCUGCUCGGAGUCAAGAUCUUCAAGAAGCGCUUCUUCCCGUCCCCUGUAUUGAUGCAGCUCUUCGAGCCGGACAAGCCGACCAAGGACGACGCUCAAGUCAAGUCCGAGGACAUCGAGCAGAUCCAGACGCCCGUAAUGAACAACGAGGUCUCGCACAGUCAUGGCUUCUCCCUCACGGACCAGCAGUACGUGAGCAUGGAGACUUCGCUCCACCGUCGCGGUGACUACACUCCAGUGACCGAAGCUGCAGAGAAGAACCUGGCGGAUGAAGUCCCAAAGAAGUCCACCACUAGGCUCCUUGGGAUCUUCAUCGUACGGACGAUUUGUGACCUGGGCCCCCUGGUGGUGUGCAUUGUUGGAGGUAUCAUCGGUUGGGCGCUUGGCUCAUCGCGCCUGAAGCUCACGGGUUCGAUCCCCGGCGGAUUCCCCGACCCUAAGGUGCCCUGGUAUGGCUUCGACUCGGGCCUCAUUGACGGCGACCGCUUCGGAACGAUCCUGUACAACUCGCUGACUGUGGUCGUCGUCGUGUUCCUGUCAAGUAUUGCCAUGGCCAAGCGUCUAGCCAUUCAGCGUGGCGAAGACAUCAACUGCGACCAGGAACUCACGGGCCUGGGUAUCGCCAGCGUCGUGCCAUGCCCCCCCACGGGUGGCAUGUCCCGCACAGCCGUGAACCUGCUCAACGCGCACACGCAGCUCUCGUCGAUCAUCACUACUCUGAUCGUCAUCCUCGCGCUGCACACGCUGACCGGCGCAAUGGCGUACCUCCCGGGCGGCACACUCGCCUCGAUCAUCAUCGUCGCCGGCUACUCGCUGGUCGAGUUCAAGGAGGCCAAGUGGCUCUACCGCGUCAACCGCGACGAGUUCGUUGUGUGGACGGCGUCCUUCAUCCUCACGCUGGGUCUGGGCGUGCUGGACGGCCUUAUCGCGUCCAUCGUCUGCUCCGUGCUGGCGCUCAUGUGGAAGACCAAGACGUCGCCCGUGGUGAUCCUCGGAGAGCUCGACAACGGCCGAUUCCUGGACCGCGAGCUGUUCUCCGAGGCGCACGACCUGGGCGACGUCAUCGCCAUCCGCGUCGACAGCUCGCUCUACUUCGCCAACUGCGAGCGCGUGGCUCUCUUCGCUGAGCGCGAGAUGGUUCGUCUUCAGGAGAAGCUGGCGGUGCGCGGCGUGAGCUUCGCCAUCGCGAACGCCAAGAGCCGCCUGCACGACAACGUGGCGUCUACGAAUAUCAUCAAGCGCAUCCUGGCCAAGGACCCCAGCAUCUCGGUCGAAGAGGCCGUGCGCAUGCUGCACGAUCUACCGACGUCGGGCCACACUUCUCCAUCCUCCAUGUCCCGACUGUCGACGGUGUAG